GCCUAAUGGUGUUAGUCUUUCUUUCAACGGUGGGAAAGAUUGCGUCGUAUUAUUACAUUUAUUUGCAGCUGUUUAUUAUAAACAUUUCCAAGAUUCCGUUGAUAUACCUAAUAUCCAAGCUGUAUAUAUUACACAUCCAAAUCCUUUUCUCGAAGUUGAAGAAUUUGUAAAAGAAUGUGUAGAUCGAUAUGGUUUGGAUCUUAUUACAAUAAAAGGUCCCAUGAAAUCUGCGUUGGCAAAAUAUUUGGAACAAAGACCAAAUGUUCAAGCUAUCUUGGUUGGCACAAGAAGAAUUGAUCCCCAUGGAGAGAAUUUGUUAGAAUUUGUUCCAACUGAUCCAGGAUGGCCACCAUUUAUGAGAAUUCAUCCAAUUAUAGAUUGGCAUUAUUCACAAGUAUGGGAAUUCUUGAGAAUAUUAAAUAUACAAUAUUGUGUAUUAUAUGAUUUAGGAUAUACAUCCCUCGGCAGUAUUGAUAAUACAUAUCCAAAUCCUGACCUUAGAAAUCCUUCACAACCAAGUGGGUAUGAUCCGGCUUGGAAAUUGGCUGAUGAAAGCAAAGAAAGAUGUGGGAGAGAAAAAUCAACAUCAUCAAGCACUUCUAACA